AUGCUGCAUCGAUAUAUUUCCACGACGUUUUCGCUAGCUAGCCGCUUCUUCUUUUCACAGACGGUCAAGUUGAGUGUUGUGAUGCAGUCGUGUGGCGGCGAGAACGCGGAAGCAGUGCCAACGACCAGGACGGCGCACUCACCGUCGGCCGCCAUGAAGCAACGGGCGUGUUGUGGGUGCUAUUUGUGGAGUUUCGACGAGAGCGUCGGUGGAUCGAGAGAAAGCAUGGGUCUGUUCAAGAACCUGGCCAACUCGCUCGGGAUGAAGAAGCAGGCGGUGCGGAUCUUGGUCGUGGGUCUCGACAACAGUGGCAAGACGACGCUGGUCAACCACCUCAAGCCCAAGAAGCUCCAGUCGCACGAGGUCGCGCCGACCGUCGGAUUCCAAGUCGAAGAGUUCACCAAGUAUAACCUGAGCUUCACUGUGUUUGACAUGUCAGGGCAGAGCCGCUACCGGUCGCUGUGGGAAAACUAUUACUCGGAUGUCCAGGCCAUCAUAUUCGUCAUGGACUCGACCGACUCCAUUCGCAUGUGCGUCGCCAAGGACGAGCUGGAGCAGAUCAUCCAGCACAAGGACUUGGCGUCCAAGAAGAUUCCGAUCCUCUUCUUUGCCAACAAGAUGGACCUGGCGCACUCGCUGACGCCGGUCGAGUGCAUGGGUCACUUGGAGUUGGAUAAACUGACCAACAAAACGUGGCAUAUCACGGCGAGCAAUGCCAUCACCGGUCAUGGUGUCGAGGAAGGCAUCCAGUGGCUGGCGGACCAACUGGCCAAGGCCAAGUCGCGAAAGUGACCGCCGUCCCCCUCCACGAGCAUGCGUGCACAUGAACCCAUUCCCAACUAAACAGGUCAAACAAGUACAGAAUCAUGCCGUGUUAUUUUCUCGCGACGUGGUCGGCGUCCACCUCGACGCGGCGGUUGGCGCUGUACCGCAUGCUCUGCGCCCAUGAGUCAAAGUCAAAUGCGUCGUGGAUCAUCCGCACGAGCUCUUCGGCAUGUUCAUGUUCUUUCUCGAUCGAGUCGAUACCCGCGAGCUCGUCGCGUAUCCGUCGGUGGAAUUCAUCGACAGUCCACCCGUGCGUGGUCAGGAAUCGCUCGAGGCG